UGUUGAGUCCACAGCAGCAGCAGCAGCAGCAGCAGAAGAGGAAGAUUGUGACCCCGUCUGUGACCCCGUCUGUGACCCCGUCUGUGACCCCGUCUGUGAGCGUUGUCAUGGCGGUGAACGUGGCCGGUGUCGUCGUCAUGGUGAUGUUUUAUCUGCUGGUUCUCGGCGUCGGUGUUUGGGCUUCAGUGAAAUCUCAGCGAGAGGCAAAGAAAAACCGAGGAGACAAAACUGAGAUGAUUCUGCUGGGAAACCGAGGAAUUAACCUGCUGGUCGGCACGUUCACCAUGACAGCCACAUGGGUUGGUGGUGGAUUCAUCGUGGGAACAGCAGAGGCCGUGUAUAAUCCGUCCAUGGGUCUAAUCUGGGCCGUGAUGCCCAUCACAGCCACCAUGUGUUUCAUCAUCGGAGGUCUUUUCUUCGCUGAGCCCAUGAGGAAAAACAAAUACGUGACAAUGAUGGAUCCGUUCCAGACUAAAUAUGGAAAAAUACCAACAGCUGCUCUGUCACUGGCCAGUCUAAUCUCAGAGAUUAUGUGGGUGACAGGAACUCUGAUAGGAUUAGGUAAGACUGUGUGUGUGUGUGUGUGUGUGUGUGUGAUAGCAGCUCUUUGCUGA